AUGCCUCCGGUUCGUCCUCGCGCCGACCGAUGCCGGGUGGUGUGUUAUCACCAGACCAUUUGCCCCGACGGUCAGUAUGUCUCGAUGCUGCCGCUGAUACAGAAUAACACGGGCGUUACACAUGUCAUCCUCGCAGCCUUCCAUCUGAAUGCUGAUCCCAACCAUAUCACCUUGAAUAACGAUCCGCCUAGCCAUAGUAUGUACGAUACACUGUGGACCGAAGUGCCGGUGAUGAAGCAGAGCGGUGUCCGGAUCAUGGGGAUGCUGGGCGGCGCGGCGCAGGGUUCGUUUCGCAGCUUGGACGGAGACCUGGAGUCAUUCAACCGCUAUUACCAACCGCUACUGGCGGUCAUCCGACAGUUCCAGCUGGACGGCAUGGACUUGGACGUGGAAGAAGAGAUGUCGCUGACGGGAAUCAUUCGGCUGAUCGACCGGCUCAAAGCCGAUCUAGGAGACGACUUCAUCGUGACGUUAGCCCCGGUCGCAGCCGCGCUGUUGGGUAGAGGAAACCUGUCGGGCUUCGAUUACGCCGCCCUGGAGCAGCUGCGGGCAUCCAAGAUCAGUUGGUACAACGCGCAGUUUUACAACGGAUGGGGUCCUGCCGAUGAUCCACGCAUGUAUGUGGCCAUCAUCCAACGGGGCUGGUCGCCGCAACGGGUGGUCUACGGCUUGUUGACGAAUCCCGGCAACGGAUCCCAAGGUUUCGUGCCCUUGGAGACGAUGGGACCUAUACUGGGCCGCCUGGUCGAAAAAUAUCCAAACUUCGGCGGCGUUAUGGGCUGGGAGUACUUCAAUUCCAACCCGGGAGGACGCGAGAAGCCCUGGCAAUGGGCGGCGGUUAUGUCGCUAAGCAUGCACAUGAAAGACCUGUUGCGCGCGUGGAAGAACUAG